GCGAGCCAGAGGAUGCUGAUACUGAUGCUGAUGGUGCUGGUGCUGGUGCUGAUGAAGCUGGUGGUGGAGCUGGUGGUGCUGAAGCGGCUCCAUGGCCUUCGUGUAAUGAACAGGAGGGAGGUCAUCAUGUACUGCUGAUGGUGGAUUCCCCAAAGGUGCCCACAGAGGUCCGCUGCGGAGGCACGCUGAUCGGACAGGACUGGGUUCUGACAGCCGCCGAGUGCCAACACCCGAAACUGGUGGCUCUCCUAGGUCAAGGCAGCGACUUGAGUAAGCGUGAGAAAUUUGAUGUGAAAAAGCAGUACAUCUACAAGGACACAAAGGGGCAGCACGGGGUCAUGCUGCUGCACCUGAAGAGAUCCAGGUUCAUGAAGUUCUUCAAAAUCAGCGCCAAGUACCAGGUCCUUGGCCUUCCUCCCAAGGACCAGUGUCACAGUCCACAGGUUGGAGCAACCGUCCAGAUGGUGGGAUAUAAGGAGGCGGGCCUGGCCGUCGAACCCUCAACAUUUCUAUCAUCCUCGACCACCGGCCCCACCCCAGCGUGCGUGAGGCUGUCAGUAGCUGAGUGUCCAGACUUCUCAGGGUACAAGGACAAAAAGAUUGAACUGGACAAGGCCUUCAGCUACACGGAGAUGGUGUGUGCAGGCACAGAGAGUGACAACACCUGCAGUGGAGCAGCGGGCGGUGGUAUGGUCUACAACUCCAUGGUGUACGGUGUGGUGAAGGGGAGCACCAAGGCGUCCUGCUCCGGCCCUAUCAAGUUCACCAGCAUCUGCCCCUACAGGGACUGGAUCCUCAAGACCAGGGGCAAGAAAUGAGAACCACUCAGCCCUCUCCACCAUGACCCGUCUACACCAGACUUGUACGAAAUUCCGAAUUGAAUGAAUUGAAAUUCACAGCAGUGCCAUAACAUGAACACUAGGUGGUGGUGUUCUAUGCACUCUCAAU